UGCCCUGUAUAGAUAUUCCAUAUCACAUCUUCUACUUGCAUGUAAUACUCACCUCUGCCGAACAGCGAGGAAGGCGGCCAAAGUUAACACCUACCCACUAUGUCUUUCUAUACCAUGGACCUUGUUAGCGAUAUCAAGGCUGGUGCUCCUACUGGAGUGGUCAUGUCUUCAAAUCCUCUUGAUCGACCCAUAGAGGGCCGCUCUGGCGUAACUGUUGGUCAGCAUCUCGAUGAGUUCAACAGUUUCAGAGACGAAUAUGGCCGAACCUUUGACGAGUUGGUGUACUGUCUCCUCCACGGCGAAGAUGCUAAGAUGAGUGUUGAAGAUUUUGGUACAUAUAUGAGAGCAGACCGCGCUCGUCAAACUCACAAGAGGUUAAUAGGACGUAUCAACAAGAACGCUUCACUGACGCGCGAGUGUAAGGAUGAUGAUAGUAAGAUUGGAGUGUCCAGGCGCACUAUCGAUGACAAUGGAGACAAGAAGCGGGAACCACACGUUAUUGAAAUCACAGGUGGUCGUAAGAAGCCUGGCGUGAGACCAUAUAAACGAGUCCGUUGAAUUUCUUCCAUGCUCAUAGAGUUAUGCACUAGCAGGUGCUUGU